AUGAAUAACAACAAGCAGAAAAUGGACGAGCUCUUUGACGAUGAAGAUGACUACUCUCUCGGUUCUGAAACCUUCACAGAGACUGAAGGGACCAUGCGUUCCGAGGAAGAGAGAGAUGAAAGGAAGGAGGUCUACAAGAUGUCUGCCAAGGACACGAGGCGCGUUCGACUCUGGCGCUUUGCUGUGAUGGUGGUCCUCUUGAUCACAGCCCUCGUUGUGACCUUGACCACCUACCGUUUCCUCAAGGCUGAGGAGACAAGCAACUUUGAAGUUGCCUUUGAACAGUUCAGUCGUACACUGGCUGAAGCUGCCCUGGAGGAGCAAAAGAACAUUCGUGAUGCCCUCAGAACUUUGGCGACUACCAUUUCGAGUCAAGCAGUGGCAUCCAAUGUUUCUGACAACUGGCCGAAUGUCAAGGUCAGCAUGUUCGGCCUUCAUGCUCAGAAUGCCAUGGAUCACGCCAAGGUGGAGUACACGUCUUGGUCCCCCCGUGUUAGUGCCGAACAGUAUGGUUCCUACCUUGAUUUCGUGAAUGCAACCUAUAAAGAGAUUGUUGAUGAGGGUCACAUGUUCCAGUAUGGUGAUCUCAGUCGCAUUUCCAAGGAUCCAAGAUUCAGUCGUCCCACUCCAUUCAUCAGUGCCGUUGGACCCCAAGGCUUUGGCCCGGACGAGCCUCGUGAUGUCUACUGGCCAAGUCAGAUCUACUCGCCCCCUUCCAGAUCUUAUGUCAUGAAUCAUAAUAUCGGGUCAUUGAAAAAUGUUGCCCCUUCCAUUGAAGCCAUGGAGUACCUGCAGUACGAGACUGUGUUUACUGGAUCUUCAGGAGGGGAUACAACGCCUGACCGCAUCUUGGGAGCUGAUGUCCAUGCAACAUACCACAGUCAGAUCAAUGGUACCUCCAAGACCCCGCAUGGAUAUGCCCUCCAGCCAGUUCAUCAAGAUCCACUUGAUCAGAACUCCAAUAUCGUGGGGAUGGUCACUGCUGCCAUGGCAUUUGAUGCUGCUCUGCGAAACCUCCUUCCGGAUGGUGUCCAUGGAAUCACUUGUGUCGUUACCAGCAUCGCUGCUGUAAACUUCACCUAUGAAGUGGAUGGCCAAAAUGCAUACUAUCUGGGCCUGGAUGAUCUCCAUGAAACCAAGUAUGAUGACUAUGGUAUUCAAGUAGAUUUGGCUCUCCAUACCAAUCCAGAGUACACUACUAUACCAGGCCAUUCUCAGUACCAAAUGCACAUCUAUCCCACUGACCGCUUCCGUGCUACCUAUGACUCAAAUACUCCAGAGACAUUUGCCAUUACCAUUGCUGUGACCUUUGUCAUUGUGGCCAUUGUCUUCUUUGUCUAUGAUCUCGUUGUGUUCAAGAGGAAUGAAAAUUUGGUGGCCAAGGCGGCACAGAGCAAUGCCAUUGUGACAUCUCUCUUCCCUGAACACAUGAGGGAACGCCUCAUGCACGAAAAGGAAGAAGACCAGCUCACCAAGGAUAAGUCAGGAAGGAGGAAUACUCUCAGUAAAUCUUUGUCAGACGGAACGUUUGCGGAGGAAUCUUCUCGUGUUCAAAAGCCACUAGCAGAUCUCUAUCUUGAGACGACUGUGCUCUUUGCCGACAUUACUGGCUUCACUGCCUGGUCUUCUGUGAGGGAGCCAUCACAGGUUUUUAUGCUUUUGGAGACAAUCUUUCAUGCUUUUGAUGUUGUUGCCAAAAAACGUCGAGUUUUCAAGGUGGAGACCGUUGGUGACUGUUAUGUAGCUGUGUCCGGGCUGCCAAAACCAAGAAAGGAUCACCCUGUAGCAAUGUGCAGGUUUGCUCGUGACAUCCUUGCUAAGAUGCGAACUUUAACCAAAGCCUUGGAGGUGACCCUGGGGCCAGAUACCGGUGACCUUGAUCUUCGAGUGGGAGUUCACUCUGGGCCAGUCACUGCAGGAAUCCUGAGAGGAGACCGAAGCAGGUUCCAACUGUUUGGUGACACCAUGAACGUCUGUCAGCGAGUUGAGUCCUCGGGCAAAGCCGGUCGCAUCCAUGCUUCAAAAGAAACAGCAGAGCUUCUCAAGUCCAUGGGAAAGGAAUCAUGGCUAGACAAGAGGACACAUGCAGUGAAUGCAAAGGGUCUUGGUGAAAUGGUCACAUACUGGAUCAGUGUUGCUGGUGAACGAGCUGGAAGUGUUACUUCCCGUGGAAGUUUUGACGACCUCCACUUUGGAACUACAAGGAACAAUCACACAGAUGGGGUGAAACCAAUCAAGGAGUUGGAUGCACGAAUGAACCGCCUCAUCAACUGGAAUAGUGAGAUGCUUCUUGAGAUUAUGCAGCAGGUUGUUGCCAGACGAACUGCCAAGCAAGCGAUGCAGAGGUCCCAACAAAACAAAGUAGUUCUGCCAGAGAAAGAAAACACCAACCCAAUCGAUCAAGUUAAAGAAAUUAUCCAGCUGCCAGAUUUUGAUGCAGAGGCAGCAGAAAGGCAGCAAAAUCCAGCUGAUGUUGAGAUUCCUUCCCAGGUUGUCCAGGAGCUUCAUCUCUUGGUUAGUGAAAUAGCCAGGUUGUACAAUGACAAUCCCUUCCACAAUUUUGAUCAUGCUUCCCAUGUUGUCAUGAGUGUGAUCAAGCUCAUGAGGCGAAUUAUGGCUCCCAGUGACAAUGACCAAGCAGAGAGUGCUGCCAAACUCCAUGACCACACAUACGGCAUUACCAGUGAUCCGCUGACCCAGUUUGCAUGUGCAUUCUCUGCCUUGAUUCAUGAUGCUGAUCAUGUGGGAGUGAGCAAUGCUCAACUGGUCAAGGAAGGCACUGACCUGGCAGUGAAAUAUAGGGAGCGAAGUGUGGCCGAACAGAACUCGCUGGAUUUGAGUUGGGAUUUGUUGAUGGAGCCUCGUUUUGAGACAUUCCGAUCCUUUGUCUUCAGUGACUCAGCUGAACUCACUCGCUUCAGGCAACUGGUGGUCAAUUCGGCCUUCAAGAAAGGAGACAACGUCGACUUUGAGGAUGAGAGCAAGACUGAUGAAGUCAACAGGAAGGCAACGAUAGUGAUUGAACACAUCAUCAAGCAUCUGACAUCAGCCACACUAUGCAGCACUGGCAUGUGUACAGGAAGUGCACUAACUGUGAAACUGUUUCCUGUCUUGUCUUGCUGCAAUCAUCAGAAAUGGAACCAGAAUCUGUUUGAGGAGCUCUAUGUGGCUUACUUGAAUGGCCGAAUGGACAAGGACCCUGCGACUUUCUGGUACAAAGGAGAGUUUGGAUUCUUUGACUUUUAUAUUAUCCCCUUGACAAAGAAGCUCAAGGAGUGUGGUGUUUUUGGUGUGUCCUCUGGAGAGUUCCUCAACUAUGCCACCAAGAAUAGAGAGAUGUGGGAACUUCAUGGUGAAGAGGCUGUGGCAGAGAUGAUUGCUGAAGCCAGGGAGAAGUAUGGAGUUAAGAAUGAGGAUGCUGCCAAGGAAGCACCAGAACAAGCUCUUCCGCGCCCUCCUCCUGUUGAGAUUGAUGUCUAG